AUGGAGCGCAGGCUGGGCCUCCAGCCCCUACCGGCCACUGGGGUGCUGACGCCCCUGCCCAGAGCCAGGACCUUACGGCUGGCUGGCCUGGGCUGCUGGUCGGCGUCCUCCGGACUCCGGAGUCUGACUCCGGGCUCAGAAGGAGGCAGCCUCAAGGCAGUCUGGAGCAGGCCCCCGGGGGCCAGGAGGACUCCUGUGCAGACCAGCUCUGUUGGCCGCUGCCUGCAGCCUGCCUGCCUAGAGCAGCGUGGGGCGGGGCCUGGGGCAGGGUCCGGCUGCCGGCCGGUGCCUGAGGCCCCCACCCUGCGGGUGGGAGGAGGCGGGGAGGUGGCUGCGGCCGCCGGCGCCCGGCGCCGCCAGCCCCGCGUGCUCCCCCCGCCGAGGCUGGGCCGCCGGGACGCGGAGCGGCCGGGCAGACAGCGAGCCGCGGGCCGGCGGAAGGACGCGCGGACCGCGGUGCAGGGAUCCGCCUGCCCGCCCAGGAGUCGCCGGCAGGCCCAGGGCCCAGGCCAGUGCCCAGCCCCGCUGGGAGCCCCGGCCAGCACCACGGACGGCGCCCAGGAAGCCCGAGUCCCCCUGGACGGGGCCUUCUGGAUUCCGAGGCCCCCGGCAGGCUCCCCGAAGGGUUGCUUUGCCUGCGUGUCCAAGCCCCCGGCUCUGCAGGCUCCAGCGGCCCCGGCCCCUGAGCCCUCGGCAUCGCCCCCCAUGGCGCCCACCCUGUUCCCCAUGGAAUCCAAGAGCAGCAAGACGGACAGCAUGCGGGCCUCUGGCGCCCCCCAGGCCUGCAAACACCUGGCCGCGAAGAAGACCAUGACGAACCCCACAACGGUCAUCGAGGUCUACCCGGACACCACCGAGGUCAACGACUACUACCUGUGGUCCAUCUUCAACUUCGUCUACCUCAACUUCUGCUGCCUGGGCUUCAUUGCGCUGGCCUACUCCCUCAAAGUUCGAGACAAGAAGCUUCUCAAUGACCUGAAUGGAGCAGUGGAAGACGCCAAGACCGCCCGGCUGUUCAACAUCACCAGCUCUGCCCUGGCGGCCUCUUGUAUCAUCCUCGUCUUCAUUUUCCUGCGGUACCCGCUCACCGACUACUAGGACCCCGCCGGGCGCCGCCGGCCGUGGAGACGAAGCCCCGAGACACGUCCGUUGUCAUGACUGACGCGACACGGGAUGCGGAGUGGUUGGGGCAGAGCAGGGCGCGGGCCCUGGGACCCCCCCGAAGCUGUGAAGCGGGCAGCGAGGCCACCAGAAGCUCCGCACAGUAAGGGGGCAGCGAGCUUCGGGCCAGCCCACCCUCUCUGCCUCUGCCCGUUCCCGGGGUCUGGGUUUCUCCCUGUGUUGCCGCACCCUGGCUUCCAGCGGCUGCCCCCCGCCCCGCCCUCCUGUGCCCUUCCCGGGCUCCUGGGGCCCCUCUGGCCCGACACCCAGCAAGAAGGGCUUCUGUGGGAGCUCCCCGGCUUGGGGGGGCUGCCAGCAUCUGGGGACUCACUCUCUCCUCUCUGACCCCACCUCCUCCAAGCUGUGACCCUGCUCAGAGCUCUUGUAUCUGUGAACUUUCAAUAAAAUACCUGUCUGGCUCCA